CAACCGGCAUCUCACUGCUUUACAAUAAAGUGUACCAAAAUGCCGAUAGAAAAUUUAGAGGAAGAAGGGUUGGCUAAAAACCCAAAUUUGCAGCUAGCGCAAUGGAGAUUUUUAUUAUUAACAGACACAUACAAGAACGACAAGGAAAUAAAAGAAAAGACAAUCGAUUUCAUCAAAGAAAAUGAUAUGGCUCCAUUUUACACAGAACUGUGUAAAGAGCUGGGGUGGAGUGUAGACAAGCCUCUCUACAAAAUGAAGAACGCUAACACAGCACAGCUGAAAAAACUGGAUGAUGCUGUUGCUGAUGCAGAGAAAAAUCUUGGAGAGUCAGAAAUUCGCGAGAACAUGCUGAAAAAGGCAGAAUACUUGUGUAGUAUUGGUGAUAAGGAAGCGUGUCUGACCCAGUUCCGUCUCACCCAGGAGAAAACAGUGACCCUGGGUUACAGACUGGACCUUGUGUUCCACCUGAUACGCAUUGGGCUGUUCUACAUGGACCAUGAUCUCAUUACCAGAAACCUAGAGAAGGCUCAGACUUUAAUAGACGAGGGAGGAGACUGGGACCGCAGGAACCGUCUCAAGGUGUACCGGGGUGUGUACUGCAUGUCUGUACGAGACUUCAAGCAGGCUGCCACCCUGUUCCUUGAUACAGUAGCCACAUUCACCUCAUAUGAGCUCAUGGACUACCAGACCUUUGUCACAUACACCGUCCUCAGUAGCAGCAUUGCUCUAGAGAGGCCAAAACUGCGGGAAAAGGUAGUGAAAGGAGCCGAGAUCCUGGAAGUGUUACACAGCCUGCCCAAGAUACGCUCCUACCUGUUCUCUCUGUACGAUACACACUACGGAGAGUUCUUCAGAUCACUGGCCCAGGUAGAGGAGAUGAUGAAGUUUGACCGCUACUUGAGUCCUCACUACCGCUACUAUGUACGUGAGAUGAGGAUUGUGGCUUACAACCAGCUACUAGAGUCCUACAGCAGUCUUACCCUUGAAUACAUGGCCAACGCCUUUGGAGUCACGAUUGCAUUUGUUGACCAGGAGCUGUCUCGGUUCAUAGCAGCAGGCCGCUUACACUGCAAGAUUGACAAGGUUGGAGGCAUUGUUGAGACCAACAGACCAGACAGCAAGAACUGGCAGUAUCAGGAGACAAUCAAGAAGGGAGAUCUAUUACUGAAUCGUGUGCAGAAACUAAGUCGAGUGAUCAACAUUUAGUGUCAAAGAUGGAAUAGCAACUUAGAAAUCUGAUUUUAAGCGCAAAUUUCUUCUGUGCGAUGAAAACUGUGGAACAUAAGGAAAUACUGUCUGUAUUCAUCAGGAAAAGCAAAACACGCUUGUGUUCCUUUAUUUAGAAAGCAUUAUUGUGUUAUUCAUGUGAAAUUCAUUGCUUUCAAAUAUGGUGAAAUUGUUCAUUAAACGCAACACAUGCAAAA